ACAUCUUGAAGGAGGUUUAGGCUCCGCCCACCUAGAAAAUACAACCAUGGCUACUAUCUAACAACUAACCCUGAGUCAAGAUGGUUGAUUCAUCAAGACACUCCACGUUCCCCCCUCUGCUAGGGAGAUACAACUCUCAGAUCAACACUGAAGGAGUGCCUAUGGGUGCCAGAUGCUCAAGUGGGAUCAAGUCUCUCCUGGAUCACCAUAAGAUAGCAUCAAACUCCCAACAAACGCCAAAACUGGACAAAGCUGUUAAAAUUCAGUUCAUGAAAAAAGCACGCAGAGAAGUCGCCAGCAACAUUCAAGCCCACUACCGAAGAGUUGAGGAACACAAGAAAAGAGUAUCUACGAAGCUACAGGAGAUUGAAGAGAAUAGAACAGACUUGAGCAGCCCUGUUGCAGGCGCGCCCCAGGGCAAGAGCAUACACAUGAUGCCUGGCUUGUUGGAUAGUGAUGAAGUCUCACCUCAGAGCAGUGAAAAGGCUCAAGCAGCCGUCAUGCAGAUACUGGGAGAACAUACCAAGUCCAUUGACACGAUGUGGGAUGGAAUGAAGGAAAAGGCACUUAAAGAGAUCUCCCCGUUUAUCGAGCACUCUAACCAACUGAAACAAGUGGCCAGUCCAUCUGUGAGACAGUGUCUGGAUAUUUACAACAGGCCCACAGCUCGAGACAGAUACGGAAUGCCUAUUCUGUUAAGUGAUGUUCUUGAUGAAACGAGUGCCACUAGGGGUCGUCAACUCACUGCCAUGAACAGUACUCUAGAGCGACUGGUUAGGAACACACAGACAAAAGCACAGCUCAUGCUUGAUAACAAACACACGUUGACAUCCUCCACAUCUUGUGACCCCAAGUUCUAUAUAACUAAUGAAUUCUCAUCAACAAACCAACUCCAGCAAAAGUCAGAAUCAGCCAGAGUGGCUAAAAAUACACGAUCCAUUAUUACAGCACCAAGACGAUGCAAUACCAGCCUUGAUGUAAAGAAACAACUUCCCUCGUAUCUGACGCCUGAUGGUGACCUUGUGUCAGGCUCUCUAGAAGAACUAGGAGAUCUUAUCUAUUGUGCCCCCAGCAGAAGUAGAAGAACUGAGCAAUCCACGCCCGUAGAGAACUCUGUAUUCUUAACUGAUAUUCCUAGAGGCUCUUCACAGACUAGUGUCAGUCCUUUAAACAGUGAUUUGUCGAAAUGUGGUAGUCAAACAUCAUUGAGGAGUGUAUGGCAGCCAUUGGGUAGCACUGCCCUGACUGAGCAUAGGAGAGUAACUGAACGGUCUGUUUCUGGACUGGGACACUUAGCUCAUGGCAGAUACAGUAUGUGGAAGCCUACUACCUGUGUUGUCAAUUCUAGUUCUGAGGACAAUCUUAGAUCUCUAGAAUUUGUUGAUGUAUCGUUAUAGUGUUCAUAUCAUGUUUUUACAGUUGAAUAAAAUGAAUAAUUAUACAACCAUUG